UAUUUUAUUGUCAUUGUCAUAUUGUCAUCGCAUGAUCAUGGUUCACAAUUUUUGAUUUUUUUGUUAUUUCAGUGGAACUUCCCAUAAUUUAUUUAGAAAACAGACUUUAAAAGCCAGUUUUCGGUGUUUCAACUGUGGUGAAAUGUGCCAGUGAUUAUAAUAUUGAGUGUAACAUUUUUUAUUUGUGACUUUACUGUUUUCUUUUGACACAAUCUACUAUAUGGUUUGGUAGUUCAAAUCAAACGCAAGCCAAAAAUAAGAAGACUGAAAAAUUAAAAAAAAACCCUAAAAAACAUGUCUAGAUAGCGAAUCACAUUCCAGAAGAUGCUAGAAGACUAGAGCGUAGCAAACCGGAAGCGCGUGAUGCGCCAUUUUGUCGACUCGCGAUAAGCAAGAUGGCGGCAGUGCCGGUCAGGUCUGAGAGGCAGUUGCUGGACGAGGCGCAGAAAGAGCUUCUGUUGGACCGGAGUGAAGUUGUCAUCGUACCUGCGCAGAGGGAGGAGCUGCGUGCUAGCAAAUCCUCCAAGAAAGUAAAACUUCCGGAAGAUGAAACCGGCGUGGGCGGCGGCCGGUUUACCAUCGGACCGGCUCCGGAACGGGACUGGGAGAUGGUACCGCCGGACGGGAAGUGGGGCUGGUGCGUUCUCGUAGGCGCGACGCUAGUGAACAUCCUGAUUCCUGGAACCAUCAAGUCGUUUGGAGUGCUGCUCCUGGAAUUUAACGAUCUAUUCCAGGCCAGCGCGUCCGCCUCGUCUGGAAUCGUCGCGCUGUGCUACUUUCUGUACAGUAGUUUAGGUCCGUUGUCUUCAAUCCUGUCAGUGAAAUGGUCGUACAGAACAGUCACCCUCAUAGGCGGCAGCUUUGCUGCAUUCGGGAUGAUAUUUAGCAGCUGGGCCUUCUCCAUCAGCUAUUUGUAUUUUAGUUUCGGUGCAAUGGUGGGUACGGGGGCGGGUCUGGCGUUCCCGCCCACUGUGUACAUAGUGACGUCAUACUUCGUGCGUCUGCGCGGAUUGGCCAACGGGAUAUGCAUGUCGGGUUCUGCGUUCGGCAGUAUCAUACUGCCGCCCGUGCUGAGAUAUCUGUUGGAAGAGUUUGGCUAUCAUGGCGCAGUGCUGAUCUUGGGCGGAAUAAUGCUCAACGUAUGGGCCGCUGCGUUGCUCUUCCAACCCGUUGAAGUCCAUAUGGUCAAGAAGUAUAAGGAAAUUGAGGAAGAUGAAGAUGGGCCUCAGGAUGACAUCCUCUUCGAGGAGGAAGAACCGAUCGACGCAUACGACCUGGCGGUGUCCGACAAACAGAACGGCUUACCCGACGGUUUGAGCAAGGAAAACUCGAUCAAAAACCUAUCCCAAGCUCAAAUACAUAGCAGCCAAAAUUGCAUGAACUCGUCCCAGAACUUACGCUAUAACGUAUCUAAAAGAAAACUUUCAUACACACGACCCAUAACUAAGAACACAUUAAGUUCUGGAUCGAUUACUAUAGAUGGCGUUCCAGAUGGUAAGAAAUUAGGUUCCCAAGAAGGAUUUGGACGUAAACUGAGUGUUACGAAAAGAAAUAUGUCAACUUCGAGUUUCGCUUAUGUGUCUACACCUUUCCACGGAUCGACAUUAUCAGCUUUUGAGAAACCUAACGAAUUCGCCUCACAGUUUUCUCUCAAAUCAAUAACUGAUAGUGUUGCAGAUGUUGCAUAUUGUUGCUUUUGUUGCAAGCGUAAAAAAAGCGCGGAGAAGAACAAGUUUUUCGAUGUAUCGCUACUGAGUGAUCCCACUUAUUUGGUUAUUUUAAUAUCGACCAGUACUGUUGCUAUAUCUUGCACAAAUUUUAUUAUAUUACUACCCUCGCACGCGCAAAACAUUGGGUUCGAUAGGUCGCGAGGAGCGUUGUUACUCAGUACGGUUUCAGCUCUCGAUCUGGUCGGACGUAUCAGCGGUUCCGCGCUAAGCGAUCUAAACUUCAUGCCUAAAUCAUUUUUUUUCGUAGGCGGCUUAUUGUUCUCAGGAAUUAGCUUGGUUGUAUUACCCUUUUUGCGGUCUUAUGAAGCUAUUAGUGUUGCGUGUGCAUUUUUUGGGUUAGCGUCUGGUAUUAACUGUGGUGUCACAACUUUAGUUAUGGCGGAAAUUUUGGGGGUAGAUAGAUUGAUGUCGACGUAUGGUAUUAGUUUGUUUGUCAAUGGUUUGCUACAGCUGAUCGGACCGCCUCUGUGUGGUCUAUGGUUCGAGAAUGAUAAGAAUUACGUCCAUAUGUUCGUAACUUUUGGGUUUAUUUUCAUAGGCGGUGCGUCUUUGUGGUUGUUUAUGCCAAUGAUUAAUAGGCACAAAAAAAAGAAAUUGGCGAAUGCAAUGGUGGUUAACAAGGCAUAAAAUUCAAAAAGUGGACGUCCACUGCUGGGUAUAAAUUUCUUGUAGUGGGUUUGUUUGAAGAUAGGGUACCGGUAAGCGCAGUGUGGGACGACCUCCAGCCCGCUGGACCGAUGACCUGAAGAAGGUGGCGGGGAGCGGGUGGAUGAGGAAGGCGGAGGACCGUAUUUGGUGGCGCGCUCUUGGAAAGGCCUAUGUCCAGCAAUGGACGCAUACAGGCUGAUGGAAUGGGGUUGUUUGAUGUUGUCUUCCAUUUGUGGGUGGUCUGCCAACGCUGCGCUUUCGGGUGCAAGGUCGCCACACCGGCAAAUUAAAUGUUUGCUUUAACGGUAAAGGAAAACAUCGUGAGGAAACCUUCAUGCCUGAGAGUUCUCCAGAAUGUUCUCAAAGGCGUAUGAAGUCUGUCAAGCUGCACUUUACCAGCGUAUGGCUACCUUCAAGUCAAGAGUGAAUAGGCAACUUCUAGGCAAGCGCGCUCCAUCUUAGGCUGCAUCAUCACUUGCUAGCAGGUCUGAUUGCACCCAAGCGCUGGUCUAUAUAAUUUAAAAAAAAAAGGAAACUAUGAGAAGUUUUAAGGCUUGAUAGUCCACCACGAAUAAAUAAAAUUAUUAGAUUUAAAAAAUGAAAAGUUACGAAACACCAAAUUUUUAAUAGACAGUUAGAUAUGAAUACUAAAUAAUGCAUAUCAAUAGAUUUAAAAGUUAAAUAACUAAAGACUACAUAGUUUCCGUCUAAUUUUGGCAACUUGGCAUUUUUUUUAAAUAAAUAUACUUAAUCUAGAUAUUAAAACCGAAUUAAUUUGUGUUUUUUAAUAUAACUAACUUAACUAUUAAGUAUGUUAAAAUGUUCCCAAAAUGUUAACUUAUUUACUACCAAUUUUAAUGCUGUUUACUCCAUAUUUUUAAUUAUUACUUUUAGUAUUAAUAUAGUACGACUUCCAUUUUAUAUUUCUUGUAACCGUGUCUUUUACAACUCGUCAUUUUAGAUAACCCGUACUAAUAUUAUAAAUGCGAAACCAUAUGUCUGUUAGUUACCUUUUCACAGGCCAUCUGUUUAACCGAUUUUGACUAGGUUUUUGGAUAGGGAUAGUUUUUACCCGAAGACGGGACAGGGUACAGUAUUCAUCCAUAAAAAUCAAAAAGAUCCAAUUUUGAAAACUCGUUCACUAUUAAUUUGAAAAAAAGAAUAUUAGCCAUUUUAAUCAUGACUAACAUCCCCCCUUUCCCCUCCAACUAAGCGUAAAGCUUGUGCUAGGAGUGGGUAAGACAAUAGUGCAACGGGUGGGGUUUGAACCGCCGACCUUUCGGAAUUCAGUCCACUCCUAAACCGAAUUAUUGAGGCUUCAAAUAGCUACAUUACCCAAUAGCUACAUUACCCCCAAGUGCCAUCCAUACUUAUAUUAUAAAUGCGAAAGCGUGUCUGUCUGUCUGUCUGUUAGCUUUUCACGGCCCAACAGUUUAACCGAUUUUGAUGAAAGAUACAGAGUUAGCUUACAUCCCGGGGAAGGACAU